AUGAGUUCCACAUCCAACGGCCCAGCCACAGCAGAGACAGGCUACUUUACCCGUCCACCGAGGCUGCAGAACGCCUAUACCUCCGAUGGAAGCUUGCAGAGAGUGCUCGCGUGGUAUCUGCCUUCGGAAAAAUUUCAGCGGAUCGAACCUCAGCUUAAGCAAUUGGGCGCUGAGGCUGUCUCACCGCAGAUACUCGAAUGGAGUGCGGACGCAGAACGGAACCAACCCUAUGUUAAAGGACACAAUGUCUGGGGUCAGCGUUAUGAUUAUGACCGCCUAGUCACAAGUGAGGGAUGGAAACAGUUGGGAAAAUGGGGUGCCAAGCAUGGGGUGGUUGCGUUGGGAUAUGAGCCUACAUAUGGCCCGGAGCGGAGAUUGGCGCAGAAUGCAGUAAAUUAUCUGCAUUCGCCGGCCUCCGCGUUGUACAGCUGCCCCGUAUCCAUGAGUGAUGGCGCAUCGCUCAUCCUCACCCAACAAUGCGCACAUCUGCCCGCGGAUCAUCCGUUCCAUGCCAUUUUGAAAAGACUGAUCUCCCGGGGCGACGACUUCUUCACUGCUGGUCAGUGGAUGACAGAAAGACCCGGUGGGAGCGAUGUCCAGAAUUCAGAAACAUUUGCGACUCACUCCCCCUCCUCCGACCCAUCGCAAGGAGACUAUUUGAUCAACGGAUUCAAGUUCUUCUCGUCGGCAACCGACGCCAACGUCGCCCUCCUCCUCGCCAAGACUCCAUCAGGCCAUCUGAGCACGUUCCUAGCGCCCCUGCGCAAGACCAUCAUCGGGGACGACGGACAGCCCCGCGAGGUCUCAAACGGCGUCCGCAUCCACCGUCUCAAAAACAAGCUCGGAACCAAAGAGCUGCCCACAGCCGAGCUGGAACUCAAAGAUAUGCGGGCGCACCUGGUCGGAGCGCUCGACCGCGGUGUGCCCACCAUCGCGCCCCUCCUAAACAUCACGCGUACAUACACCUUCAUCGGCUCUCUAUCGGCGUGGCGCAAGGCCAUAUCCAUCGCCAAGAACUUCGCAAAAGCACGCACCACAGUAGGCGAGCCCCUGUGGUUGAUUCCAAUGCACCUGGCCCUCCUCAGUGACCAGGAAGUCCGCCACCGCGGAGCGCUGAACCUCAGCUUCUUCACGGUAGCUGUCAUGGGCGUCGUCGAGAACAACGGUGUCACCGCGCCAGCACCCCACCUCCCCCACGCCGGCCGUGAAGCCACCGUCGUCUUCCGCGUGUUAACCGCAUCCGCCAAGGCCGUUGUGGCCAAGAUGUCCGUGGCAGGCAUCCAGGAAUGCCAAGAAGCGAUGGGCGGCGUCGGCUACAUGGACGAGGCAGACGAGCCCGAGUUCAACGUCUCGCGCAUACUGCGCAACACGUUAGUCAACGCCAUCUGGGAGGGCACCACGAACGUGCUGGCCAGCGAGCUGGUGCGUUUCCUGUUGAAGGGCGACCACCUACCCGUCUUUUCGGCAUGGGUCCACCGCGUGAUCAGCCUCGUCCGACGUCCGGAGUGGUCGCAGACGCUUAGCCAGACGUGGGCGGCGUUCUUGGAGCGCGUGUCAGGUUCAUCGCAUGCUGCGCAACUGCUGGCUGAUGGUCGCCGCGCCAUGUUUACUCUGACGUGGGUCUUGUGUGGGGCUUUGCUCGCGCUGGACGCUGAGCGUGAUGGUGAUGGUGUGGCGACGGAGAUUGCGAACCGGUGGAUCCUGAUGGGAGAGGGUGGUGUCGGUGACCUUGUGUGGCGUGAUAUCGUGAAGCCUGAGAAGGAUGCUGUCCGCAUGGAUGAUGACCAUUUGCGUUGGGAUUGCCGUAUUGCGUGGGGAGAGGAGUUGCCGCGAGUCGCGUCUGGACAUCGCUCGAUGAAGCUAUAG